AUGGAUGGGGUAGAUACGUCAAAUCAACCAGGGGACACCCCCGAAAUUUUAAACAGCUUUCCUAAGUUAUCGGAAAUAAAACAAAUAGAUGAAAAUGCUACAAACACAUUAUCAUUAAAUUUUACAGAAUGGUAUCAAGACUUUUUAAAUUAUACAAAUUAUUUUUUUUUUGAAAAUAAAAAUAAUAUAGACAUUUUCUUUGAAGUAAAAGAAUCUUUAAAAUGUUCAAAUCUUUCAUUAACCCAAUUACUAAAAAAUAUAAAUUUAUUAUCCCAUAUUAUAUAUUUUCAAAAUAUAAACGAACAAAAUUUAUUAACAUCUAAUGAUAUAGAAUAUAUACAUAAUAUAUUAUAUAAGAAUGAAAAUAAUUAUUCUACAAACUAUACAAUUGUUUAUAAUUGUAUAAUAUUCUUAACAGAAGUAAUAAGAUUAAGUUCUCAUACUGGUACAAAGAUCUUUGCAUAUCAUCAAAUUUAUAGAUCAUAUAAAAUAAUCCAAAAACUCUUAUUUAAAAACUAUUUACUUACUAAUGGAAAUAUAAAAAAUAAUGAAAAUUUUUAUGUCUUAAAAAAAAAUGAAGCAAUAUUUAUUGAUAAUAUCAUAGUAUUAAAUAUUAUUAAUAUGUUAAAUAGUGAUAAUAAAUUAUUAAAAAUUAUAGGAUUAUAUUUAUGUCAUAUAUUUAUUAACUUAAUUGCUCAAUGUAAUUAUAUUAUUAAUUUUAUAUUAAAUAUUAUAUUUCAACAAAUACAUUAUGAUGAAUAUACUAUCGCCAUUUCUCUCUUAAUCGAUCUAGUUCCUUACUUAUCACAUGAUGUUUUAUAUUUUAUAAUCAAAAAAAUAUACAAUCACAUUGUGAUAAAACCUGUACAUGUAGAUAAAACAAUGGAAGAAAAAAAGAAUAAAGAAAAUCUUCAAACAUAUUUAAACAACCCAAUCAAAUUAAAUAUACUUAACAAAGAAAUUGUCAAACAAAUAGCAACCAAUAUAUUUUCAUACACAGCUUGUUUAUUUUUAGGACGUAUUGCAAUUACUUUAAAUGAGUUAACACCAUAUGUUAGUUAUUUUUUAUUUAAAAAUUUUUGGAAAUUAAUAAAUAAGUUUAUAUAUUUAGAAUAUACUAGUCAUAUUGAAGAAAAUAUUGUAAAUAUAAUAGAUACCUAUUUUUAUACUACUACAAUAUUAAGUAUAAAAAAUUUAUAUUUAUUCAACUUACAAAUUAUAAUUUUAAAAUUUCUACUAAAUAUAUCACAUACACAUUUGAUGGUUAAGAGGAAAAUCAAAUUUUAUACUUUUAGAAGUAUACUAUUUUUACUAAAACAUAAAAAAAUUAUUCCAUAUAUAACUAAUAAAUAUUUCUUACCUGAAAAUAAACAAUUUUUUAAAACAAAUUAUUUUUAUUCUAUUUAUUUUACAUUUAUAUUGACUAUAAAAAGUAGUGAAAUAAUUCGAUGGUUUAACUCAUUAGACUUAAAUGAUGAACCCACUAAAUUCAUGUUUAUUCAAAUCAUUUAUGAAAUAUCUACUAUUCAAAAUUGUCUACAUUUUUCAAAAAUUGAUAACAUCAAAAAUUGGAACCCAUCUACUACUUCCCCUCUUUUCAACAACCACAACUUUGAUGAAACAUUUAUUGACAAUUGCUCUAGCAAUAUACAUGAUAUUUACUUUGAUAUUUUUGUUAAUAGAUUUUUGGGCUUAAUGCAGAAUUACUCUAUCGAAGGGGGAGACAAAAAAAUAUCAUCAACUAAUAAUUACACUACCCUAGUCCAAAAUAAAUCGAAAUAUGACAAUACAAAUAAUUUAUCUCCUAACAUAAUAGACCAUAUGAAUGAGUUGAAAAAUAACAACUUAAUUAAAAAAAAUGAAAAAGGAAAACAAUUUCAUGAUCAACCAGAAAAGGGAAAAUUCAAUUUUACUAUAAAUUUAAGUGAUGAAGAUAAAAAUAAUUCAAAUGAAAAUUUAAAAAAUGAAAUUAGACAAGAUCAUAGAAAUUCUAUAAAUCAAUAUAAUGAAACAAGUCUAGAUAUACAAAAACAAAUCGACACCUUUUUUGAAAAUUUAACAAAAUUAGCUAAAGAAAAUGAAAAAAAAAAACAAUUGACUGUAAAAGAGUUAGACAUUAAUUUAGUUAUAAAAAAAAAUACUAAAAAAAAAAAAAAAAAUGAAGAAAAAAAUCAAGACCAAAAAAAAAAAAAAAAAAAAAAAAUAAAAGAAAAUAAUAGCUACCUUCCUAAUCUCGACACAAAUCAGAUCCAAAUUGAAACAAAUAAAAAUACUCAAUCUAUUUCACCAUGUAGUGAUGAACAUACCAAUGAAGAAAUAAGUUCCAUUGAAAGUUCAAUAAGUAAAAAUAGUUUGAUAAGUGAAAUAAGUAAUAACAUAAAUAGUACAUCCGAUAAUGAAAUAAAUACCACACCAAAUAAUGUUUUUAUGGAUAAAAAAAAUUCUGAAGAAGUUGAAAAAUAUUUUAUAUAUUAUUGCUUAUAUUUAUUAAAAACAAAUAAAAUAAAACUAGGGAAUUUAAUUUGUAAAGAUAGUAUAAAUCGUCAUAACAUUUUUGGAAAUGAAUAUUUACAAUUUAAACACAUUAUGAAAACUAGAAAAGUUGAAAAGACAGUAGAAUAUGAUAACUUUGAAGAAAAUUUAAGUGAUACCUCAGACUCUAGUAAAAAGAAAAUAAACAAUCCAUAUAUUCCAAAUGAUUUAACUUUAAAAAGAAUUUUGUUUAUAAAAAUUUUGUUUUUUUUAUAUAAACAUAGUAAAUCUAUAUUGCUAAAAUUGUAUAUAUUAAAGUGUUUAGCAAUUUUAUCAAAAUAUAUAAUAUUCAAAGAUGACGCUAGAAAUGUUGUUACAAUAUUUAACCAUUUUUUUGUAUUUUUAAAUAUUGUAAAUUCAAGUGAAUCGAAAAAUUAUUCUACUCAAAAUUUUAUGACUGAUAAAAAUACUAGCCAUAGCAAUGGCUUAUAUACACAACAUUUUAAAAAAGCAAAUAAAAAAAAAAACGAUGAAAUCUAUCAUGACAAUUAUGAUAAUAUUGAUAAUUACCAACAUAUUCAAAAUAAAUAUAGUAAUGAUUUUAUUUACACCUCUGGGACAUCUAGUCUUUACAAUACUCCUUUGUCUAUGGACAUGUCUAACUUAAAUGGAAAUAACUUUGAACAAAUUUUAAAUGACCUUAAAAAUGAUAUAAAUAUUUCGAUACAUUCUGAAAAUUUUAAUUUUUAUGACAAUUAUAAAGAGAAAAUACCCAAAAGUUUGAUCUACAAUCUUUUAAUAGAUAUUAUAUGUAAAUUAAAAAAUAGCAAGAGUAGCCAUAUUUUUAAAUUAAUUUUUCAUAACUUUUUUACCAAUAAAUUUAUUCAAGCUUUUGAUAUAUUUUUUAUUUUAAAAAAAAAACAUAUUAUGGAAAUUUUAAAGGAUCCAUUUUUUUAUUUAGUAGAACUGAGAGAAAAAUCACAAGAUAUUGACAGUAGCAAUAUUCUUGAUGAAAAAAAACAAAACAAUAACAUAUAUUUUAUAAAAACAAAUAUUUUUUAUAAAACAUUUCAUCUGUUCCAAUUUGAAAAAAACAAUUUUAGAAAUGUAAAAUUGCUUUUUUAUUUUUCCUUUUUCAAUUUCCAUAAAGACAAAGAUAUUAUGCACGAAAUGCGAAAAAAAACAAUUAUAUUUUUAACCAUUUUAAAUAAUAUAUUCUUUUUUGAUAACACACACACACACAAAAAAUUAUGUACAAGUCAGGUAAAUUCACUAAACCUAGAAUUGAAAAAUUAUAAAACACAAAAUGAAAUAGAUACAAAAAAUUCAUUACGAAAGAUGAAAUCAUUUGCCACAUCAAUUCCUGAUAACAAUAGUGUCAACGAUAUCGAAGUUAAUAUAACUGAUAAAAUUUCAUGUGAAAAUGAUAAUUAUAUGAACGAGUCAGGUAGUAGUAUAACAUCAUGGGGAAGCUCAGCUAGCCAUUCGUCUAUUCCAUAUUCUGAAAUUUAUUCAUCAUAUUCUUAUCCCGAUGAAAAAUCUGAAAAUUAUGAUGACAUAUAUUCCAUUUCAUCUAUUUCAAAUAAAUCCCUUAAAAAUAGAUUGGUAAAAAAUUACAAGAACUUGGAGAAUACAGAGAAAUUAAAUUCGGAAGAUUAUAUAAAAAUAAACCAUUUAAAAAAUGAUCAAAAUAGUGAUAUUAGCUAUUUCUCCCAUUUUUACCUGUACAAAAUAGGAAUUCUUUGCAUACGUGCUGGAUAUUUUAAAUAUGGUUAUAAAAUAUUUGAAAAAUUAUACUUUUUAGUAAAUAAUAGAGAUAUUAAAUUGUGGUUUAAAGCUUUGGAAAAUUAUGCCAAAUUUUAUUAUAUAAAAAAAAAAGGUGAACAUGAUAAUAAUAAAUUGACAUAUUUAUUAAGACCUAUAAAAUUUUUAGAAAAUUCUGAACAAUUCAUAAAGAGUAUAUAUAAAUUUAAAGAUAAUUUUUUUCAUCUAGCUAUUUUUUUAAAAAUCCAAAUAAAUAUAUAUAAAGCAAUCGACAAUUUGCUAACCCUUGUAAGUGAUAUAAAAGAUGAAAUAAAUUUUACUUUAAAUUAUUUUUUUUAUAAUAUAGACAAACUUAUUUCGUCAUUAAAAGAUAUAAUGAUAACUAUAUUAAUUAUGUUAAACAUUAAAUAUUUAUUUUCAACUCUAUCAAAAAAAAUACUAGCUAUAUAUAUUGUUUUAGUCAAAUCAUUAUUUUUGCUCUGCAUAUUUUUAAAACAUAAGAUUGUACCCUAUUUAUUUUUAAGCCCAUCAUUUUUAAUAAAUACAUUCAAUAAUCGAGAAUUAAAGCUAAACAAAGAAUAUGAUGAAAAGGGAGAAAAUGAAGAAAAAGAAGACAAAACCAAUAAAAGGAUAUGCAAAAAUUGUGACGACGAAGGAGAUACAAGCAGCAUAGGUAAUAUAGAUGAUAUGAAUAAUUAUGAACAAGACAGGUCAAAUAUGGUAAUUUAUUCAAUUAAUAAUUUUAUACGAUUUUAUAUUCAUAAGAAAAAGGAAAAAAAUAUUAGAAAAAAAAUAUUCUCAAAAGAAUUAAAAAAUACAGAAGGAAAACCAUUUAAUGAUGUUUUUGAUUACAUAAUGGGUAUGUGGGAUUUAAGAGCAUUUGAAUUUUUUUUUUAUGAACAUGUUCAAAAUUUGAGAGAAAUUUACGAUAAUUUAUUUAAAGAUGGAAUAAUAAAUAAGAACAAAAUUAUAACAUUUAUAAAAAUAUAUUUAACAGUUAUAUAUAAAAUUAAUUAUCCAACUCCUCCCAUAUUUCUAUCAUCUCAACUUGUACCAUUUGUGGAAAGUUCGACAUAUAUUUACAGAUCAAAUACUGGAAAAAAGCCCCAUGAACUCGAAUCGAUGAAAUGCAUUGGUCAGCUUGUAGGAUCAAAGAGUGCUGCAAUAUCAAGUUUCCAUUAUUGUAACAUUAAACUUGUUUUUAAAAGUAAUAUAAUAAAAGAGACAAAUGUAAAGAGCCAAGGCACCAAGGUGAUAUAUACAGUUCAUAUGAAAAUAGAAGAUGAUGAUUUGAAAUAUUUCAAUAUAUUUUUAACUCCCCUUGAUAAAAAAAAAAACCUGAUUGGUCAGGCAAAAGCAACCGUUUUUUUUUUUAAAUACAUUUAA